AUGGCUGAGACUAAACCGAACAGCGCCGAGCAGAAGUUCAUCGGUGGCAUCACGAAAGAAAUCGACCUGGUGAACCGCGACCCCAACCGCAUCAACGAGGAUGUGGUCAAGGUGGACUUUGAAGAUGUGAUCGCAGAGCCUGAGGGGACAUAUAGCUUGGACAGUGUGUGGAAAACCAGCAACACAGUCUUCACUGUGUCCAAGUACUGGUGCUACCGGAUAACCUCUGCUGUCUUUGGAGUCCCCCUGUCACUGAUCUGGGGUUUCUACUUUGCCUGCCUCUCCUUCUGCCACAUCUGGGCCAUUGUGCCUUGCAUCAAGAGCUACCUGAUCGAGACCCAAUGCAUCAGCAGGGUCUUCUCCCUGUGCAUUCACACCUUCUGUGACCCCUUCUACGAAGCCCUGGGGAAAGUAUUCAGCAACAUCCGUGUCAAUUUACACAAGGAAAUUUAG